CCUUUUACGUUUGCACAUCUCGCCCCAGCCCAUUCAAAGCCCCACCACAACGGCACAAUGCAUUACUCGCAUGAAUGGAGCCUUUUAAUAUUGGGGUUUGGUGUGUCUGUCUGUGUAUCUGAUCGUGAACUAUGGAUUGAUUUUGAGAGUGCGAGUAGAAUUAUCGUUCCUUGAUCUAGUUUUGUCUUUUCUUAAUAGAUUGCCAAAGCCAGUUCGAAAAUGAGAUUAAGACCAGCAUGGAGAUAUAGAAAGGAAUAAAGUAGUCUGAAAGAAGCCCCUUUGACUGUUUCCGAUUGCGAUGGCCUCUGACAAUGUUUUGAAUACUGCUUGUGGAUUAUGUAUAUUUCUGUUCCUGUUUUCUGCCGUAACAGCACAAGAUCCUUGUGAUAGCGGUCCUUGUGUUUCUCCUUCUACAUGCGUGUCUGGAGGGGGUCGGUUCCUUUGUCUAUGUACCUUCGUUACCAGAGGAGACACUACUACCUUCUAUCACGGAACUACAUGCAACGAGACAUAUCAAUCGUCUUGUGGUCAAACGUUUUCCUCGGCUACCGGCGAAAUCUUGAGCCCGUCGUAUCCCGCUGACUACCCACCGAAUCAAGAGUGCUAUUAUCUAAUCAGGAUCCUUGGUGCUCUUGGCAUCACGUUCUACGUAAAUGACAUUGCCACUGAAAAUACAGACACGGUCACCAUUGGAAAAGGGCCAAGUGUUCUUUUAGAAGGAACUCGUUUAAAUUCGUCUGGAGAAUUUGUCACCGUAAACUCUGAUCAAGCAUGGAUCUCAUUUAUAUCGGAUCGAGAUACAACGUUCAGGGGAUUCAACAUCACAUAUGAAGCAGAUACAGACGAUUGUCAAGACGACCCAUGUAACAAUAAUGGAACGUGCACCGAUUUAGUUUAUGACUAUGAAUGUUCAUGUGCAGAUGGUUGGACCGACAGAAACUGUACUACAGAUAUCGACGAUUGUGCAGGAGUAUCUUGUAACCUUGUUGGGAUCUGUCAGGACAUGGUCAAUGGAUUUAUCUGUAAUUGUACAACUGGAUUCACUGGCACCUUCUGCGAAACAAAUAUAGAUGAAUGUACACCGAACCCCUGUCAACAUGGUUCUACGUGUCAUGACGGGAUUGGUGGAUAUUCUUGCUCAUGCGCACCAGGCUACACCGGGACGGAGUGCGAAGUAGAUAUCGAUGAAUGCGCGUCCAAUCCGUGUACGCCCGGUGGUCGAUGCAGAGAUUUGGUUAACCAAUUUAAAUGCAUAUGUGAUCUUGGUUUGACGGGAACCAGAUGUGACACUGAUAUCCCAGAAUGUGCGAGCGAACCUUGUAGAAAUGGAGGAACGUGCACGGAAGGCAAUCUGAACACCUACAUGUGUACCUGUGCUCCUGGUUUUACCGGACCAACCUGUCGGGAAGAUAUCAAUGAAUGCGCAAGCAACCCUUGUCGAAACGGAGGAGCAUGUUCGAAUGAGAUCAACAGAUUUACAUGUGAUUGCCCAUCGGGUUUCAACGGAACAACUUGUCAAUCAAACAUUAACGAGUGUAGCAGUAACCCUUGUCAAAAUGGUGGCACUUGCAUAGAUGAAAUCAAUGGAUAUCGAUGUGACUGCCUCAAUGGCUUCAACGGAUCUGAUUGUCAAUCAAAUAUAGACGAAUGUGCUCAGGACCCUUGUUUUAAUGGAGCUACGUGUACGGAUGGGAUUGGAGGAUUCACUUGCUCGUGUGCACCAGGAUUUACAGGAACAACAUGUUCAGUAGAUAUUAACGAAUGUGCAAGUACCCCCUGUCAAAAUGGAGGGACCUGUAGGGAUGGAGUCAAUGGUUACACCUGUGAUUGUGUAGCUGGUUACACUGGAUCACAUUGCACAUCAAAUAUCAACGAAUGUGCGAGUACCCCCUGUCGAAACGGAGCGACCUGUGUGGAUGGAGUUAAUGGUUUCACCUGUGUUUGUGUAGCUGGUUAUACCGGAUUACAAUGUCUAUCAAAUAUCAACGAAUGUGCAAGUACCCCCUGUCAAAACGGAGCGACCUGUGUGGAUGGAGUCGAUGGUUUCACCUGUGUUUGUGUAGCUGGUUAUACCGGAUUACAAUGCCUAUCAAAUAUCGACGAGUGUGGGAGUAACCCCUGUCAAAAUGGUGCGACCUGUAUGGAUGAAGUCAAUGGUUACAUCUGUAAUUGUGUAGCUGGUUACACUGGAUCACAUUGCGCAUCAAACAUCAAUGAAUGCGGCAGUAACCCUUGUCAAAAUGGUGGCAUUUGCAUAGAUGAAAUCAAUGGAUAUCGAUGUGACUGCCUCAAUGGAUUCAACGGAACUAAUUGUCAAUCAAACAUCAAUGAAUGCGGCAGUAACCCUUGUCAAAAUGGUGGCAUUUGCAUAGAUGAAAUCAAUGGAUAUCGAUGUGACUGCCUCAAUGGAUUCAACGGAACUAAUUGUCAAUCAAAUAUAGACGAAUGUGCCCAAGACCCGUGUUUCAAUGGAGCUACGUGUACGGACGGGAUUGGAGGAUUCACUUGUAUUUGUUUAUCAGGGUUUACAGGAGCAACAUGUUCAAUAGACAUUAAUGAGUGUGGCAACAACCCUUGUCAAAAUGGCGGCUUAUGCACAGAUGAAGUCAAUGGAUAUCAAUGUGACUGCCCCAUUGGCUUCAACGGAUCUAAUUGUCAAUCAAAUAUAGACGAAUGUGCUCAGGACCCUUGUUUUAAUGGAGCUACGUGUACGGAUGGGAUUGGAGAAUUUACUUGCACAUGCGCACCAGGGUUUACAGGAACAACAUGUUCAACAGACAUUAAUGAGUGUGGCAGCAACCCUUGUCAAAAUGGCGGCUUAUGCACAGAUGAAGUCAAUGGAUAUCAAUGUGACUGCCCCAUUGGCUUCAACGGAUCUAAUUGUCAAUCAAAUAUAGACGAAUGUGCUCAGGGCCCUUGUUUAAAUGGAGCUACGUGUACGGAUGGGAUUGGAGGAUUCACCUGCUCGUGCGCUCCAGGAUUUACGGGAAUAACAUGUGCAGUAGAUAUAAACGAGUGUGGGAGUACCCCCUGUCAAAACGGAGCUACCUGUCAGGAUGGAAUCAAUGGAUACACCUGUGAUUGUGCAGCAGGCUAUACCGGAUCACAAUGCGCAUCAAAUAUCAACGAAUGUGCAAGUACCCCCUGUCAAAACGGAGCGACCUGUAUGGAUGAAGUCAAUGGUUACAGCUGUGAUUGUAUAGCUGGUUAUACUGGUUCACAUUGCGCAUCAAAUAUCAAUGAAUGCGGCAGCAACCCUUGUCAAAAUGGUGGCAUUUGCAUAGACUUAAUCAAUGAAUAUCGAUGUGACUGCCUUAAUGGCUUCAACGGAUCUAAUUGCCAAUUUAAUAUCGACGAGUGUUCAAGUACUCCUUGUCAAAACGGAGCGACCUGUAUGGAUGAAGUCAAUGGUUACAGCUGUGAUUGUGUAGCUGGUUACACUGGAUCGCAUUGUGCAUCAAACAUCAAUGAAUGCGGCAGUAACCCUUGUCAAAAUGGAGGCAUUUGCACAGACUUAAUCAAUGGAUAUCGAUGUGACUGCCCCAUUGGCUUCAACGGAUCUAAUUGUCAAUCAAAUAUAGAUGAAUGUGCUCAGGACCCCUGUUCUAAUGGAGCUUCGUGUACGGAUGGAAUAGGAGGAUUUACUUGCACAUGCGCAUUAGGGUUUACAGGAAUAACAUGUGCAGAAGAUAUAAACGAGUGUGGGAGUAACCCCUGUCAUAACGGAGCAACCUGCCAGGAUGAAAUCAACGGUUACAGCUGUGAUUGCUUACCAGGAUAUACCGGAUCACAAUGCGCUUCAAAUAUUGACGAAUGCGCCAGUAAUCCUUGUGAGAAUGGAGCUUGCACUGAUGAAAUCAAUGGAUAUCGAUGUGAUUGCCUGAAUGGCUUCGGUGGGCCGAAUUGUGAAUCAAAUAUAGACGAAUGUUCUCACAACCCGUGCUUGAAUGGAGCUACGUGUACGGAUGGGAUUGGAGGAUUUACUUGCACAUGCGCACUAGGAUUUACAGGAACAACGUGUGAAGAAGAUGUCGAUGAGUGUGCAUCCAACCCAUGUCAAAAUGGCGGAACCUGCUUUGAUGAAAUCAAUAGAUAUAGCUGUGAAUGUCCGUCUGGUUAUACUGGAAUGGAAUGCAAUUCAGAUUUAAAUGAAUGCGAAAGUAAUCCGUGUCUUAAUGGGGGUACAUGCGAGGACGGAGUCAAUGGCUUCCAGUGUAGAUGCUUGCAGGGAUACUACGGCAACAAUUGUGCUUCAGUUUCUAAUGUCUGUACGUCAUGGUCAUGCUUGAAUGGAGGAACCUGUCUGGGCCUGGUACCGGGAUCUAUGGAAUACAUCUGCACUUGCCCUGCGGGAUAUGUUGGAAAUCGAUGUGAAUUUGAAAUCAACGAAUGUAGUAGUUUACCCUGUCAAAAUGGAGGCACUUGCGUGGAUGGUGUUAAUUCAUACCACUGUGAUUGCAGACCGGGGUACACCGGUAUCAACUGCAGAAUAGUUGGGUAUUGUAACAUCUCAGGCAUCUGGUACAAUGAGUGUAACGAUUAUGUCAACAUAACCCAGACAACAUCCGGGUUACUCCUUGGUGAAUACGUUGCAGAUAUCGAGGGUUCUAUCAACAGUUGGCCCAAUGGAAUACUCAUAGGGUACUCAUCUAUCCAAUGUCAGCUGCCUUCCUUCGGUUUUACGGUAGACCAUGCAGGAGGUGAGAGGACCACGGCCUGGACUGGCCAGUGUCGACUGUGUGAGGAGGAGAUACUUUAUACGACCUGGACCUCGGUUAAGAAAGCAGAUAGUUGCAGAGGGAUUAAAAAAUCAUUCAAAACUGGGCUUGAUAGAUGGACGAGAUAUAAACAGAGUUUGGCACCGGCGAGGCAACCUUAACCCAUUCUCUC